CGAGAGAGUGUGUGCGAGAGCCACCGACCGGGUCGGUGCCGAAUGCGUACGCGGGUGCCCGAAACCCAACCAGUUUUCAGUCACUCGCCAUCCAACCACUCGAGCGGUUCGUCGCUUGCCGCAGCGUGCAGUUCUUUCCCCAGUUCGAAGAGUCGGUUGCCACACCGAUCAUCGCGCCUUCAUCAACAUCACAAGAUCGGUUGGUUGCGAGACCACUUGCAAAAUUGUCCAUUCGUGUGUGUGUGUGUCGGUCGGUGUGCUUUUUUUGUCAUCCCUCAAACUGUGUGUUGUCAUUUUUGCGUGCAUUUCUACCGCCCCACAAACAACCCUGCCAUCUUGACCUGAAGAGAUUCAUACCGACCCGCGAUCGCGUAGCGUGUGUGCGUGCGUGAUCAAGUGCUCGGUUUCGGCGUUCAUUUGUAUUUAUUUGGGUAACGGCGCCGUGUGCAAUAAAGAAAAUCGUUUCACCCCGCCUGCUUGAUCGUAGGGGUUGAUCGUGAAGACGAACCGCGAAGACCCCAAACCGCGUCUUUCUGUGUGUGUGUGCUUUUGUGUGUGUGUGUAGGGGGUGAGCUAGUGUAUUGCGGCUCGAAAUCGAAAUUCCGCAGUGAGAAAGUUUUGUUAUUUUUUCUUCGCAGUCUCUCUCUCUCUCUGGCUCUUUUUCCCCCUUGGAGCCGCCGAGAGGGUCUUCACGCGGCACCUCCUUAUCGGACCACCGGAUUGCGCAUCGAAGCAAUUGCACACACCAGCCAAACGAGAAGGCAGCCGCUGCGUGAAUUUUGGAAAAUGGUGUGCGCAAUUGUGUCGAAUUGGUGUUAGAGUGUUUGGCGAUCGUACAUUUUCUUAUCGACAACGCACACACAACAACGUUUCUCCAGCGUUCGUCCCCGGGGUGUCAACGCGGCACGGCAAAAAGGAAGAUCGUGAUACGCCGCAGCGAGAUGAUGAAACGAGCGCUAAUUGGAUUGCGUGCGAGACGGAGGCCACGACCGUUGGCGGCCGGGCCAGGACAGUUGCUGCUGCUGCUGUUCCUGCUGGCAUUUGAUGCCGUCUCAUUCACAAAUGCGUUCAUCGUGCCGGAGGAGCUGCCAUCGAUACUUUCCCUGGUCUAUUCCAACAUUCCACCGAUCAAGAAAGGAACUGACUCUCGGAUAGGCUUUGGCUUCCGUCUCGGUGAGCAUGCCGACUUUCAGGUGCAGCUGGAACUGGGACCGCAGCUUAAUACGCGACCAAUUGGAGCAGCAGCAGGCAGCAGCAAACGUUACGUGGACAAUGACGAGUAUGCCAACUCGGUUCGGAACCCAUCCCGUCCCGGUGGUUCCACCUCCUGGCUGCAGGCCUGGUCCAAGCAGACGAAGCAGCGCCAGCAGUUCAACAAGGACAAGCUGCGGGACUCGCUGAUGCCACCGGCACCGAUCAUGAACGAGGGCGCCUACAACCAGCUGCAGCAGCUGUACGAGAUGAACAAGCAGCGCGAGUACGAGGACACGAUCGGUACACUUCCGGCGGAAGUGCUCGAGUCACGGAUCAGUCAGCUUAAGGCACUACACCAACCGACCGUUGCGUCGUUCAAACCGAUGCCCAACGAAGCCCGAUCAGGACAAACGAGCAGUGGAGCCGGGGAAGCGUCAAAGGAGGAAACCAACCCGCAAGACGAGCAACCGGGAGUGAUAGUUGUUACACCGGACGUUCCUGCCAGCACAAGCACAACCGUUCAGCCAACGGAAUCAGCCACCCCGGUGCCGACAAGCGAACGGGCACGCGGAACGGUCGAUAGUGGCCGAAGGAAUGUAAGACGACGUACCAAUCGACCGGUCAGCAAGUGGGACAAGGAACGCAUUACGGCCCAGCUGUCGGACGUGUCGUUGGACUAACUGGAGCACAGUGGCUCACAGUGGAUCGUGUAUUAUAUUUGUUAAAAAAAGCCUUCGAAAACAGAGGUUCAGUUGUGGACAACACACGGUGGUUUGUAAAUAGUUUUCUCGCGGUUUUAGGAUGUGAUAUUGAUACUAUUUAUUUACCUUCCUUUACGGAUGCGGCUCGGAGGUGCGUCUGUGUAUUGUUAAAAUUUCGUAAACGUUAACGGUGAUCGAAUUGGCUGGAUUGUUGCGGCGUACCAGAGUGGGAUGUACUUAUUUUAGGUUGCAAAGAAGAACAAAAUACGGAAACGUUGAAAGAAAGGGUCAGCUAGGAAUGGAAAACACAACGAGGGGAAGGGUUUAUUUAUUAGAUGUGCAAGGCAUAGAGCGAAACUACAACAAGGCAAAUAAUAGCAAUAAAGCAAAGACGGGACUAAAAAGUAA